CGGCUGGUUAUCAAAAUGCAGUAUUCCCAUCACUGUGAGCACCUUCUGGAGCGGCUGAACAAGCAGCGGGAAGCCGGGUUUCUGUGCGACUGCACCGUCGUCAUCGGUGAAUUCCAGUUCAAAGCACACAGGAACGUGCUGGCGUCCUUCAGCGAGUACUUCGGCACGUUCUACAGGGACGCCUCCGACAGCAACGUUGUUUUGGAUCAGAGUCUAGUGAAAGCCGAUGGAUUCCAAAAACUCCUGGAGUUUAUUUAUACAGGAAACUUAAACCUUGACAGCUGGAACGUUAAAGAAAUUCACCAGGCUGCCGACUAUCUCAAAGUCGAAGAAGUGGUCGCUAAAUGCAAAAUCAAGAUGGAAGACUUUGCUUUUAUUGCUAAUCCCUCUUCUACAGAGACAUCCAGCAUCACUGGAAACGUUGAAAUGAAUCAGCAGACUUGCCUUCUGACUCUCCGAGAUUACAACAGUCAGGAGAAAGCAGAUGCUGCUUCCGCAGAGCUGGUUCAACCCCAGGUGAAGAAAGCAACUUUAGAAAAGAAAUCUCCUCAAACCAAAAAGCGGAAGAAGACCUUCAGCUCCUCCAAAAGCACAGAGAAUAAAUCCGUGCCCUAUCAGAGUGACGCGGCGGAGAACGCGUCCGUGGAGUUGUUUCUGGACGGCAGUAAGGUGGCGGCGCAGGUGACGGAGCAGGGUGCCCGGGGCAGUGCCAGCCCUCAGCUCCAGCUGGCAGCCGGUGGGGAGGGCGACACGCUGCCCGCCCAGGAUGUCCUCGCGCAGAGCAUCGCAGCCAAACAGAAACGGGGGAAGCCCCAGCAGAGCUGCGCGCUGAAGGAGCACCGCAUGUCCAACAUAGCCAGCGAGAAGAAUGCCUACCAGCUGGAGAGCUCGGCAGAGGAGCUGGACCAGAAGUACUCCAAAGCCAAGCCGGUGUGCAACACCUGCGGGAAGGUCUUCUCGGAAGCUAGCAGCCUCCGCCGGCACAUGAGGAUACACAAGGGAGUGAAACCCUACGUGUGCCAGCUUUGCGGGAAGGCCUUCACCCAGUGCAAUCAGCUGAAAACCCAUGUAAGAACUCACACAGGAGAGAAGCCAUAUAAGUGUGAACUCUGUGACAAAGGCUUUGCUCAGAAGUGCCAGUUAGUGUUCCACAGCCGGAUGCAUCACGGAGAAGAGAAACCAUACAAGUGUGAUGUCUGCAACCUGCAGUUUGCAACAUCAAGCAACCUGAAGAUCCAUGCCAGGUAG